GACUUCUCCGCUGUCAACCCUGCAGACAGCUGUGCAGUUAGUCAGAGCAGAGACUGGCGCACAAACUGGCAAAGAACAAAGCAGGAAGACGAGAGAGAAUUAGCUGGUGUUGCUUAGCUGAGUCCCAGCGCGCUCUAGGGCAGGUGACACAAAUGCAGAUUUCUCUGGGCCUGGGGUUUGACAGUUUCAUCCCCGCCCACUGGCUAUAGAGCAUAAUAAAAAGCUCUGUAAACCCAGAGAGGGAGAAGAAGAUUUGGAGCUUGCCCACCGAGCUCACACUCACCGCCUCUGCAGGGAAGCUGGGCAUCAUGCACGUGAAUGGCAAAGUGGCGCUAGUGACGGGGGCAGCGCAGGGCAUAGGGAAAGCCUUCGUUGAGGAACUUCUGCACAAAGGCGCCAAGGUAGCACUGGUGGAUCUCAAUCUGGAAGCAGGUGAAAAAUGUAAAGCCGCCCUGGACGAGCAAUUCGAGCCUCAAAAGACGCUGUUUCUUCAAUGUGAUGUAGCAGAUCAGGAACAACUGAGAGAUACUUUUCGAAAAGCAGUUCAACAUUUUGGAAGACUGGAUAUUUUGGUCAAUAAUGCUGGAGUGAAUAAUGAAAAACACUGGGAGAAAACUGUCCAGAUUAAUUUGGUUUCUGUGAUAAGUGGAACGUAUCUUGGACUGGACUACAUGAGUAAACAAAAUGGAGGUGAUGGAGGAGUCAUUAUCAACAUGUCAUCUCUGGCAGGACUUAUGCCUGCUGAACAUCAACCUGUAUAUUGUGCUUCCAAGCAUGGAAUAAUUGGAUUCACACGAUCUGCUGCUAUGGCAGCUUGCAAUAUGAAGACUGGUGUGAGAUUAAAUGCCAUUUGCCCAGGUUUUGUUAACACACCAAUCCUCGAAUCCAUUGAAAAAGAAGAGAACAUGGGACAAUAUUUUGAAUACAAGGAUUGUAUCAAAGAUAUGAUGAAAUUUUAUGGGAUAUUAGACCCAUCAAUCAUUGCUGAAGGAUUGAUAACCAUCAUAGAAGAUGAUGCUUUAAAUGGUGCAAUUAUGAAGAUCACAACAUCUCAGGGAAUUCACUUUCAAAACUAUGAUACAAUUCCACUUCAGUCUAAAACUCAGUAAACAUUUCAUGAAUUGACAGUAUCUGAAGAGAAGUACAACGGAUCUAUUCAUGCAUUUCUGGAUUUGAUUUAUAGUAUAAAAUCUAUCUGUUUUAAAGAUAUUUUACAACUUAAGUUCUUUCAUGAGAAAAUCUACAAUGAAGAAGAAUUGUAUUUUUGUGAGAAGAAAUUAAUGAGUUAAUGACAUUUUUCCUUAUGGUCUUAAGCAUGUGAUUAAUAAUUCUGAUACAUUGUAUGGACUGUAAAAUGGACAUAGAAACUUGAGCUAUGAGGAAUGCAGUAGGGUGUUGAAAAACUAAUAUGCAUUUUUAUCUAAUUAAGUCAUUGGUGCACAAAUGAUUUGUUUUUCAGAACCAUCAUUUCACGUUUGAUAUUUUAAAUACUUGAAUUGCUCUUUCAAGGCUGAUAGAUAUAUGUUGUAAAAAUUGUGUGCAUAAUUGGUUUAAAUGAGUUAAGCUACAUGAAAUAACAAAUGCUCAAUAAUAAUACUUUUAAUACUUAAUGUAUGCUCUUUGAUCUGAGCAACUCCCAUUCUUAAAAUUUUUAGCAUAUCUACUGUGACAGUAUUCCUUUGAAGGAAGUGGAGGAAUCGACUACAGUUGAUAUACUUACCACAGAUGGGAAGAAAAUCAGUGGCUAAGAAUAGAACUUGGGACUAUUGAUUUCACAGCUCAGAUUCCUGUCUUAGAAGAAACACUGCCUUCCCAUUUUCAGUCACAACUGUGACUGAUUGAUCCACUUAAUCAGCUAUUUCUGAAUUCAAGGUUCCCAACUCUAACUUCAAAAGCUUUAAUAUUAGACUUUGGGGGCAGUACAUUUAAUAUUGGCAAUUAAACUUUUAGAAGUGUCAUGGAACAAAAAAAGAGUAGGAACCUCCUCCUCCCCCAAAAAAUUAAAUUUAUUUACUAUUUCAUAAAAACAAAUAUAACUGGAAUGUGUAUUUCAGACUCAAUUUUCCUGUUAGCCAGUUUCAUGGAUUUUAAAAUUGCCUGGCUUUCACUAAACUCGUUUGAUUAAAAUCUGUAAAAUAUCAUUGAGUACUCUCAAAUAGGAUGAUAAUUCAUCUCUUUCACUGUUCAGGAGCUAAUUUGGCAAUAGAUCUGGCAAAAAGCCACAGCAUACAAUAAUAAAAGUAGCCAUGUAAUAUUGCCCAUUUUGUUGCUAGCAUUGUAAUUACAUGUAAUUAAGGGAUAUAGAUAUGUGGUGGAGGGAAAAGCUGGUUACCUUACCUGAGGUGUACAAAAAUGUUUUUGCUGUACCAGGUUAAAGUAAUCCAUGCUCCAGUAAAUGCUGCAGCCAUUCAAUGGUGAAAGCCCUAGAUUCCUAACUUAGUCACUGUAGCCUGAAUGCCAGUGAAUCUUCUCUGCCUGCUGAAUUAUAGGCCUCUUAAUGUGAGUCAAGUCCUCUACGCUGUGUAGUUAGUGACAAAUGUACCUCCUAAAGGAAAACAGAUAGAGGUUAGGAGGGUUUAUGCAUAUAAUACCAUAUAUGUUACUGUCUAAAAUUCUGUGGAGUUAACUAAGUGUGAAUCCCUGGUGGCUAUUUCCUAGAGUUCACUAAGAAAGCUUUUGGGACAGGCAGCCUCAACAAGGCAGACUCCAAUGGAAGAAGAUUCAGUUUGCCUUUAACGGAGAUAAGUUGGGAAUAGGCUAUGUCACAUUCAGGCAUAGACCUCUUCACAGCAUACAAUGGGAACCCAGGCAUUGAAUGUCAUCAUUGUAAGCCAUGGUUAUUUUUUGCCUUUUUUCAUUUUCUCUCUGUGACGUGAAGUCCUACUUCGAAAUGUGUAUAUACUAAUUUUGUAGACCUACCCUGCAUUCUGGCAGCUCUCAACAAGUACAUUCUGUGAUAGAAAUAUUCUCUUUCAAGACAAAGAACUGUCGGUAGCAGGCAUUGAAAAGCAAUAGCUGAGCAGCACCAAACAAAAAUGUGAGUGUAUAUAUUAAAAAAAAAAAGGCUGUUCACCUUUUAAAAAUUCUGUAAAUAGUGUUCAUAAUUCUGCAACAUGGUAUACUAUGUAAGCACACGAACAGGGGAAAGAAAUCACUUACUAUGUUGGGAAAAUCCAAGCUUGAUGCAUAUUCUAAACAUAGUUGCCUCUUAUUUUUAAAUUACCGGUGAUGAUUCCAGCGGAGAUAAGUGCUUCCCCUGUUUUCUUUUGUGAAUACAAAACUUUCUUCCAAAUCCUCAGAUCCUUUCCCUGCUUCCAAGGCACAAAAUAAUUGACACUUAGUCACAAAGGAUUCAAGCAACUUAUUUUUUCUCUGUGUAACUAACCUGACAGUCUAGGUUGGACUGAGAGAAGCUUGAAAAUGUUCAUUUAUCAUAAGUAUUUCGAAUUUUUCCUUUGUUGCUGAAUGAAUAUUGAAAACGGGAGGGGAUC